AAGGUGGGAGGAGUGAGAGGAGAGCAUAAAGGCGAAGGUGCCACAAUGCCAUGGCACACGACAACGGCGAGAAGAAGACAAGAAGCAGAAGGAGGAGGAAACGAAGAAGAAAAAGAAUCUGCCAGCCGAUAGCCAGGUGUGAUGGAGAGCAUGCGAUUGUUCCUGUUCCUCCAUGUGUGUCUGUCCCUGUUGACAGUCCUAUGCUGGGGUCAAAGGUUGGACGCCGACGUGCAGGUUCCAGCCGCACCUGACCAACCCAAACUCUUGCGACUCACAAACGACGACCUGGCGGAGGUGCUGCAGGGCUUCCUGGACGAGGCGGAAGGCGGUGGCGCCGGCGUAUCGCGGGAGAAGAAGGCCAGUUUUAUUCCUCGGUGCGACGUGGGCGAGCGCUGCGCCAUGAAACACGGCCCCCGAAUCGGACGGCUGUGCGACUGCCUGCGAGGGACGGCGUGCAACACUUUCUUCCUGCGCUGCUACUGAACCGCUGUGAGGACCCCCCUCGCCCCCUCCGCGACAACGCCAGCGCACCAAAUGCAUCACAACUCCCGACACCAUUUUGGAACAUUUCGCAACACUUCACGACUCUUUCCCCACACAAAAGUCUUCUGUUGUCUAGCUAGCAGGCUAACGGAUAACUGUUAAAAGUCAUUCACUGCCAUUGACGGGCAUGCUUGUCAAUUCUUGUUUUGUUUUGUUUUUUCAAUGGGGAUGGGUGGAGGCACAUCUGAUGCUGCUCCACUGCAACUAUCAAACAUGGAAACAACUUAAAGUGAUGCGAAAACGUCAGUCGAUGGCGCGGAUGCCCCAUUUUAGACAUGACAUCUGCACAGGUUGGAACUGUCAAAAAUGUCAAAAUGCUCUCAAGUGGCUGGCAGGGGAUGACUUAAAGCUGACAUCCACAACCAAGUAAGACAAAGAAAAGCCGAUGUAAAAAAAAAAAA